AUGAUAUCGCCUGUCCUCGAGAGGUUGGAGAUUACUUAUUGCCCAAAAAUUAUUCUCUUAAAUGAAUGCCAUCCCCAUCCUCUUGUGUCCUUAAAGAUAUCGCGUUGCACAGCUCUGGUGUCCAUUAAGAGCAUACAAGGCCUCACAUCUCUCGUAUAUUUACAAAUUUUCUGUUGUGAUAGUCUUUUAGGAAUAACCAAUUUGCCUAACCAGUGUCAUUCUUUGAAGACUUUGUCUAUUAGCCAUUGCAACAACCUGACUUCCUUGCCUCAUGAAAUGUUUGACUGUUUUGCCUUCUUAAACGAGUUGAGAGUUGGUCCGUUUUCGAAGGUGCUCGAUUCUUUCCCAAGUCUCCAAGGCAUCGAGAAGUUAAGGAACCACCUUCACUCGUUAGAAUUAAAUGGUUGGGAUCACUGGGAGUCAAUGCCAGAAGAAAUACAGCACCUCACUUCACUGACUGCGUUAACCAUAUAUAGAUACGGAAUGUGA